CACACGCGGCGGAGGCGGCGGCGAUGUCGCAGCCGGGCAGGAGGAGCGGGAGCCGCGGCAAGGGUCAUCACAUUCUAAUCAAAGGAGGAAAAAUUGUCAACGAUGAUCAGUCAUUUUACGCAGACAUUUAUGUGGAGGAUGGCCUAAUAAAACAGAUCGGAGAGCACCUGAUCGUGCCCGGCGGCACCCGGACCAUCGAUGCCCACGGGCAGCUGGUGAUCCCGGGCGGCAUCGACGUGCACACGCGGCUGCAGGCGCCCACCAUGGGCAUGAACUCGGCCGACGGCUUCUUCCAGGGCACCCGGGCGGCGCUGGCAGGGGGCACCACCAUGAUCAUUGACCACGUGUGCCCGGACGCGGGCAGCAGCCUCCUGGCCGCCUACGAGCAGUGGCGCAACCGUGCCGACAGCCAGGCCUGCUGCGACUACAGCCUGAGCAUGGACAUCCCGCGCUGGCACGAGAGCCUCAGGGAGGAGCUGGAGGCCCUGGUCAAGGACAAGGGUGUGAACUCCUUCCUGGUGUUCAUGGCUUACAAGGACAAGCUGCAGUGCACCGAUAGCCAGAUGUACGAGAUCUUCUGCGCCAUCCGGGACCUGGGCGCCAUCGCCCAGGUGCACGCGGAGAACGGGGACAUCAUCGAGGAGGAGCAGAAGAGGAUGCUGGAGCUGGGGAUUACAGGCCCGGAGGGGCACGUCCUCAGCCACCCCGAGGAGGUGGAGGCAGAGGCCGUGUUCCGUGCCAUCACCAUCGCCAGGCAGGCCAACUGCCCCCUCUAUGUCACCAAGAUCAUGAGCAGGGGGGCUGCAGAUGUCCUGGCUCAGGCCAAGAGGAAAGGUGCCGUGGUGUACGGGGAGCCCAUCACAGCCAGCCUGGGCACGGAUGGCUCCCACUACUGGAGCAGAAACUGGGCCAAAGCCGCCGCCUUCGUCACGUCCCCGCCCGUCAGCCCCGACCCCAGCACGGCCGAGCACCUCAGCACUCUGCUCGCCAGCGGGGACCUGCACGUCACGGGCAGUGCCCACUGCACCUUCACCACCGCGCAGAAGGCCGUGGGCAAGGACAACUUCACGCUGAUCCCCGAGGGCACCAACGGCGUGGAGGAGAGGAUGGCCAUCGUGUGGGAGAAGUGCGUGGUCCCCGGGAAGAUGGAUGAGAACGAUUUUGUGGCAGUGACCAGCACCAACGCUGCCAAGAUCUUCAACUGCUACCCCAGGAAGGGGCGCGUGGCUGUGGGCUCCGACGCUGACCUGGUGCUCUGGAACCCCAAGGCUACGAAAAUCAUCUCAGCAAAAACCCACCACUCGAAUGUGGAGUACAACAUAUUUGAAGGCACUGAGUGCCACGGGGUCCCAACCUUGGUGAUAAGUCAGGGAAGAGUUGUCCUUGAAGAUGGAAAUCUGUGUGUCACCCAGGGCUCAGGUCGCUUCAUCCCUAGGAAGACCUUCCCUGACUUCGUUUAUAAAAGGAUAAAGGCAAGAAACAGGCUGGCCGAGGUGCACGGCGUGCCCCGGGGCAUGUACGACGGGCCGGUGCACGAGGUGCCGGCCAGCGUCAGGACCGCGGCCCCGCGCGUCGCACCCUGCGCCGGCAAAGCCGCGGCGCCGCCCGUGCGCAACCUGCACCAGUCCGGCUUCAGCCUGUCCGGCUCCCAGGCCGAUGACCACAUUGCGCGGCGCACGGCGCAGAAGAUCAUGGCCCCGCCGGGCGGCCGCUCCAACAUCACCUCUCUGUCCUGACCCGGCCCCGCGCCGGCCCCGCCGC